AUGUUUAGUCUUCGGCAGCAGCCCUGGAGGGGUCUCUACAUCCUCGUGGACACCUUGACCACCUACUUUGUGCGAGUGCCGUUAUGGUUUGCGCUGGCGCUCCCGAGAUCUUGGCGUCCUCGUCGUUCUUGGUCCCUCAGGCGGACUAUGUUGGUGAGGCUGCUUCGGCACAGAGUCGAAACAGAGGAUCGGCUAAGGACGCUCCCCCCUACCCCGCAGCAUGAGACGCUACACCAGGGUCCGGAUAUCAAGUCAUUGUGGAUUAAGCCUGUCCCGGACCUCCUUCAUGGAGACAUCAUCACAUGGGCAUCCAUCAACGGCGUCGAUCCCAUUCGCAUUCCAGGCUACUGGCUAGACAAGGAGGGGUUCGACACGCCUAUUGGUCAGCCUCUGCAGUCGGGCGAGAAGAUCCUGUACAGACUCCACGGCGGAGGAUACGUUAUCCUGUCCGCGAGGCCGGACGUUCCAGAAGCGGGAAUCACCAAGGAUUUACUACACUUUUGCAAGCCUUUCAGGCGCGCAUUCUCUGUUGAGUACCGGCUCUCGAGCGGGGAGCCUUUGACACCCGCCAAUCCCUUCCCUGCGGCCCUGUACGACGCACUGGCCGGCUGGAGCUACCUCACACGCGAUCUUGGUAUACCGCCGUCGGACAUUUACAUCACGGGCGACUCGGCGGGUGGCAACCUAUCCCUUGCGCUUGUCCGGUACCUCGUCGAAUCGCAAGGCCGCUAUCCCGCUGGCGAGCGGAACGAUCCCGUGUACUCUGCGCCUGGAGGGCUCAUCCUCUUCUCACCAUGGAGCGACAUGGGCACAUCGCAUGAUGGUCCGGGGACGUCCAAGGCAACGCAUUAUCUCUCCGACAUGCUCCCGCGCAAAUCCGGUUAUGCCGAGGCUGCUUUCACGGCUGCACUUGGGCUCGGUGCCACCAAUACAAACGCGUACAUGUCACCUGCUUCGCACGCGUUGUCCCCGAGCUUCGCAGGUUUCCCUCGCACGUAUAUAUGUACGGGUAGUGGGGAGAAUCUCGUGGAUGAGGGCAGAACGCUCAAAAAGCGCAUGGAAAGGGACAUCGGGAAUGAUGUUGCUACCGGGGUGGUGUACGACGAAAAGCCAGACGCGAUUCAUGUGUUUGUGGCGUUUCCGUUCCAUGAGCCGGAGCGCACGGAGACCUACCAAGCUAUUUCAAAGUGGGUUGGGAACGAAGGUUGAUGGCAGUCGAAUGAGAGUAGUAGC